UUUUCAGUUAAUUGGCAUUUGGAAUUAUCAAAAUCUCUCUCUCUCUCUUUCUUUCUCUCUCUUCAAAACCCUAAUUUCAUCUGAUUCAGCUUCAGCCUUGUGAUACCUAUCCCAUUUCUCCUCACCAUUAUCGUUCAUCCCUGCUUUCUCGAUCUACCGAAGAACACGACGAGGACGCAGAAGCGUUGUUCAAGCUCCAAGAAGGCAGUUUCUGGAUAUCGAGAUGUCUCCAGCAUCCAAAUCAAAAUCAAAAGAGAAGAAAGCCAGCAAAGAGCAACAGAAGCCUACACCAAAGCCGGCAGGGCCUGCUGCUGGUGGUGGUACUAGUGUUCCAGCUAGUGCAUAUAAUCCUCUCUCAGGAACCUUCCAUGCACUUGAAUCUACAGUCUCUGUUGCUCCACCUCUUCAUUCCAAUGGUCGAUUCAAGAACAUAGAUGAUACGGAUGCUCAAUCUGGAGUUCUACUUUCUUCAGUGGCAGAGUAUGAUACUGUUUCUAAUAAUGGUAGCUGGUCUGGGGAGUCAGAGGACCAUAAAGACAAAAAAUCUAACGCUACUGCACGGCAAGAAACAAUUCCAGGGGCAGACAUUGAUAAACGGGAGAAAAUUCGUCAGAAGAAUGAGAAGAAGCAUCAGCGUCAGAAAGAGAGACGUGCUCAAGAAUUGCAUGAACGCUGUAGUGGCUACCUUAUGUCCAGAAAGCUUGAAGCUCUUGCUCAGCAAUUAGUAGCUAUGGGUUUUUCACAUGAUCGGGCAACCUUAGCACUAAUACUGAAUGAAGGCAAACUAGAGGAGUCAGUUUCAUGGCUUUUUGAAGGUGUUGAAGAGCCAAAUGAUUCGGAGAAUCAAAAUAUUGGUGGGCAAAAUUUAAAACUUGACAUAUCAGAAGAGCUUGCUCGCAUAUCAGACCUGGAAUCACAGUACAAGUGUACAAAACAAGAAGUUGAGAGAGCUAUUGUUGCUUGUGAAGGUGAUCUUGAGAAGGCAGCUGAAUCCUUGAGAGAAUUGAAGCUCGAUCCGCCCGCGGCUUCUCCUAAGCCAGAAGAAACUGGUGAUCCUCCCACUGCUUUAAGCAAUAAGUUCCCUGGCAAUACUAGUCAAGCCAUAAGACCACAAGCAAAGCCCAAUCCUUCUUCUAUACAACAAAGGAAGGAUGAAAAGGAUUUUAAUUACACAAAAGGAGCAAUUACAGCCGGUACGUCUAUAGAAACUAUUGGCAAAAAUAUACCGCAGCCUUUGAGGAGGACUCAGCCAAAGAUGGAAUGGGGAAAUUAUGAACAAAUCACAGCAGCUGAGAAAAGGUGGCCGAGUACAGGAACUAGCCCCAUUUCCUUCUCUUUAGCAUCAGCGUCCACCCAGUUGUCAUCUCCACCAAUCAAGAACGAGCCUCGUUAUUUCACAGUUGGAACCGAGUUUAAUAGCCUUCAAUCUGGUCCAGCGAGAGAACCGACUUCGGUAGUUCAGGGCCGGAACCCAUCUUUGCACACAAAACAGGCUUCAGUUGGUACUAUAAGUUCAUCACCUCCCGGUGGUUGGUAUUCUACCAAUGGCAUUGCAAAUAUAAAAUCCCCUUCCGGUGGAUUUUUGCCGCAAAUGCGCAAUGCAAGAAGCUUCAAGCCCAGCGACGUGACUUUAAGCCAAAUGUAUCCUCAAGUUCAGUUUCAGCAGCAACAGCAGCAACAACAACAUUUCGCCCCUGGAAAUAGCCGUGGGGAUUUCCUAGAACCCACCUACACCAAUGCUUCAUGGAGCAGAACAGGUUCAUCAACCUCCAUAGCUGCUGCUUCCUCCCUCGGACUAUUUUCAGGAGCAAGCUCAACCCAAUCCGGGGCAUCGUCGCCAGUGGAUUGGAGCACCGGAAACUCAAUGCCACAUUUAGAUUACUCCGACAUCGACUGGUCCGUGGACAGAGGUCUAAGUUCAGUAAGACCCAGCGGGUUGUUGCAGGGGCUGAAUUCGUAUAUGCAGAAGAACGGCCACCUUUACGAGUUGUCGAAUGCUCAGCCAUUUGUGCCUGCAGCAGCCUCCAACUUCAACAACAGAGUUUCAAUUGCAGGAUUGCAAAACGGAGGGGUGGCUUCUGAAACAUCAGGUAAUGGUUCUAGAGAGUGGAGUUCUCCGUUUGAAGGGAAGGAUAUUUUUAGUUUUCCUAGACAGUUUGUGUUUUCUCCACCGUAAGAGGAAAAUUAUGACAAUAAAAUGAAAUGAAAGCAAGAAAAUGAAAAAUGAAGAGUUUGAUCGAAUUUGCUUGUUUAUUUGGUAAAUGUUUCUAGAAGUCAUAUUGUUUGAGGGUUGGGUGCAUUUUUUUACCCCAAAAUAUUAGGUUGAAAGUAUAAUAUAUACAUUUCAAAUUGAAUGGAUGAAUAUCUUUGGUCGUCUCGGGAA